AUGAUGCCGUCGAUCAAAAGGCAAGCUUCAGACAGCUUUAGUCAACCACAUGCCCUGGUGAAGCGACAAAAGUCCAAUUCGGAUCUACACGAUGGAAGGGCAGUGGCAGUUGCAGGCAAGGAUGCGAAUGGCGCUCUCGUUUCGUCGAAUCUGCGGACCAGUGCAUUGGCUGCUCCUAUUAUGGAGUUAACAGGUCACUCCGGAGAGAUAUUCGCCACGAGAUUCGAUGCUGCAGGACAACACAUUGCCUCGGGGUCAAUGGAUCGCUCUAUCCUUCUUUGGAACACAUACGGACAAUGCGACAACUACGGGACAUUGACGGGCCACAAAGGCGCGGUGUUGGAUCUUCAAUGGUCUCGCGAUUCAAGAACAUUAUAUUCCGCUUCAGCAGACAUGACGGUGGCCAGCUGGGACUUGGAGACUGGACUACGGAUACGAAAACAUAUCGGCCAUGAAGAGGUCAUCAACUGUCUGGACGUGAGCCGACGUGGCCAGGAUCUUCUGUUGAGCGGCAGCGAUGACGGUUGCAUUGGUAUUUGGGAUCCUCGACAAAAAUCUGCUGUCGACUAUAUCGAGACGGAUUUCCCCAUUACGGCCGUUGCAUUGGCAGAGCAGGGUCACGAGAUAUAUUCUGGGGGCAUCGACAACGACAUCAAAGUCUGGGAUGCUCGAAAAAUGGAAGUGUCAUACACUUUGAGUGGCCAUACGGACACCAUCACAUCACUGGAAAUAUCUCCGGAUUCACAAACGCUGUUAUCAAACUCGCACGACUCAACAGUACGGACGUGGGACAUUCGACCAUUUGCCCCGGCUGAUCGAGGAGUGCGCACGUACGAUGGCGCACCAGCAGGCUUGGAAAAGAACUUGAUCCGAGCAAGUUGGAGUGCCAAGGGCGACAAGAUCGCUGCAGGGUCGGGCGACCGUACAGUGGUUGUUUGGGAUACUAAGUCUGCCAAGUUACUGUACAAGCUUCCUGGACACAAAGGAACAGUAAACGAUGUACGGUUCUCACCGACAGAGGAGCCCAUCAUUGUUUCUUGCUCUACUGAUCGGAAUCUGAUUCUCGGCGAGCUUGGGAGAUGA